CAAGGAAGUGGGCUGUGUCUUUGAAUACAAGGCGCCAGUAGCCGUUCCUAGUCAACAAGUGAAAGAUCCCGAGGGAUGCCCGCCACCGAGCCGGUCCGGUUGGGUCGGAAACGCGCCCUGCCCUCGUGCCCGAACCCGCUGUUCCUCAAGUGGCUCACCGAGCUCCGGGACGAGGCGAAGGAGAAAGGACUGAAGAUCCAGUACACCUACCAGAAGACCAUUGCAGAGACGUGUGCUGACGCUUCUAUACACGCUCUCCCCAAAGGAGCGCCCCCUCCUGGCCGAUCAGACAAUAACAUCAUCCUGGCUCCAUCCAAAAAGAAAAAUGCUGCAGGUGAUCAAGGAAAGGAUGGAGGAGGAGAUGGAGGGAGGAAGAAGAAGAGGGAGUAUGUCCCCCAGAAGAGAUCCGGGGGCUAUGCUGUGCUGCUGACUCUUUACAAAGAAACUCAGGUCCCUGGUAGUAAAGGUUACAUGUUUAAGAUGGAGCUGCAGGCAGAAGCUCAGCAUCUCUGUGACAAAUCGUUCACUGCGCCUGAUUUAGGCAGUAAGUACACCGCCUGGAGCUCAGUCAGCACUCUGAUCCAGAAGAACCUGGUGAUAAAGACUCACAAUCCUGCAAGGUAUUCUCUGACAGAAGGAGGUCUGACUUUGGCCGAGCGACUGGCAUCCGCAGAGCAGACGAACACAGACGGGGACAGAGAGGCGGUUAGGAGUGAGUUAGAGGCGACUGAGGAAGACGAUGCCGUCGUAGUCCUCACUGGUAGUGAUGAAGAUGAAGAAGAGAAGGAGGAGAACAGAAUACACCCUGCAGAGAGACAACCCACCGUCACUGAGGUUAGCUGCGACGUGGACGACGUGCGUUCAUCGGGGAAACCACAGGAUUCACAGACGACGAUGACGACAAGCAGAAAGCCGAACGCAGAAUGUCUCCUACCCGGAACGUAUGAAAUUAUGCUCUGUGUUGACUUCAUCGAGACCACUGGUGGGAGUCACCAUCGUAAGCAGGAGCUGGUGAAAGAGCUUCAGAGAAAUGGAGUCAACUUUGACAUCAGGAAACUAAACGUCGGGGACUUCCUGUGGGUGGCUCGGGAAAAGGUGGCACCUGUUGCAGGUCAGUUGCGAGCGCCUGUAGGCAGGGAGCUGGUCCUUGACUACAUAGUGGAGAGGAAGAGGAUGGACGACCUGUGCGGCAGCAUCAUCGACGGACGCUUCAGGGAACAGAAGGUGGUUGACGGUUUCUUUGUGAAGAGAGUGCAGGAUGUGAGGGAGUCGGCGGCGUACCUCACCAUCAUGACACGAUUCCUGACUAAACUGUACCAGAACCGAACGCUGAUCUGUCGCUCCAGAGAGCUGGAGGGCGAUGGAGGCAGUGACGAAGAGGAGAGAGGGCUCCCCUCCUGCUCCCUUAUGUCUUUUGCAGAGUUCAACCACGGUGCAGUCAAAAACAAGUGUCAGACGGUGAGAGAAGUGUUUGCCAGACAGCUGAUGCAGAUCAGCGGAUUGUCUGGAGACAAAGCAGCUGCUAUACUGGAACACUACAGCACGCCACACAGUCUUCUGACAGCAUAUGAACAGUGCGCAAGUGAAGCAGAGAAAGAGAAACUCCUCUCCUCGAUCCGAUACGGGAAGCUCAAAAGGAACCUGGGUCCAGCUUUGAGCAGAACAGUUUAUCAGCUCUACUGUACACAAGGAGCUCUGACAUGAAGGCGGCCCUGGAGGUGGUCCCAAAGUAUGCUCAACAAUGUGAAUUAUACAGUCAUUAACUUUUAGGUCCUCCUUUACUUGAACAGCAUCAUUUUGAGUAUGAUUAUGUAAAAGUGUAUAUAAAAGUCAAGACACUGCUAUAUUUUGAUAUUAAUAAAAGAUUCCUGUUUGAAGAAGUUCACACGGCCCAUUAGUGCACAAAUAAAGUUUAUUUUAAAUAACUUUUUCUAGUCAGAAUCCAAAUCCAGUGCCCAGACGCUGAAGUCUUAAAGCUGUAAGCCAGCUUGCAUCUUUCCAGCUUGUCCAGCGUUACUGCUCAUUCGUGCACACUAAUGGGAGUGAAGCCUGCGUACCCAGGAGGUCUUCAGGAGCUGCUAUUACCUGAUAAGAGCUUUUAACACAUCAAACAUGAAGAGCCAAAGUUUAACCUUAAUUUGAAAACUGCAUUUCUGAGCAUGGUAAGUAUUAGAUUGCUACACGGCCACAGGUUUUAUCGAUGAGUUUACUCACUGCUGGUGAAAUUAAACGAU